AUGGAAAUCCAUGCCAAUGUAAUCAAAUUUGGUUUAUCUCAAGACCUAAAAAUAAGGAACUAUUUGGUCAAUCUUUACUCAAAAUGUCAACUUUUUGGGUAUGCAAGGAAACUGGUUGAUAGAAGUACUGAACCAGACUUGGUUUCUUGGUCUGCUUUGAUUUCUGGGUAUUCACAAAAUGGGUUUUGUCAAGAAGCAAUUUUGGCCUUUUAUGAGAUGCAUUUGUUAGGUAUUAAGUGUAAUGAGUUCGCUUUUCCAAGUGUACUCAAGGCUUGUACGGUCACUAAGGAUUUAGUGUUAGGAAAGCAAGUUCAUGGAAUUGUGGUGGUUACAGGGUUUGAGAGUGACGAGUUUAUUGCAAAUAGUUUGGUUGUAUUCUACGCGAAAUGCGGAGGAUUGGGGGAUUCGAGGAGGCUUUUUGACGCGAUUCCUGAUCGAAGUGUUGUUUCAUGGAACGCGCUGUUUUCUUGUUAUAUGCACCGUGAUAUGCAUGGAGAAGCAGUUUGUUUGUUUCAUGAUAUGGUUUUGAGUGGAAUGAGGCCUAAUGAGUUUAGUUUAUCUAUUAUGAUAAACGUGUGUACAGGUUUGGAGGAUAGUGGUCAGGGAAGAAAGAUUCAUGGAUAUUUAAUAAAGCUUGGCUAUGAUUCUGAUCCCUUCUCAGCAAAUGCUCUUGUUGACAUGUAUGCAAAAGUGGGAAUUCUUGAAGAUGCUAGCAGUGUUUUUGAUGAAAUUGCCAAACCUGAAAUUGUUUCUUGGAAUGCUAUUAUUGCUGGUUGUGUUCUUCGUGAGUGCCAUCAUCGGGCUUUAGAAUUGUUUAGGGAAAUGAAUAAAUCUGGGAUGUGUCCAAAUAUUUUUACCUUAUCAAGUGCUCUUAAAGCUUGUGCUGCAAUGGGCCUAUUAGAAUUGGGAAGACAGUUGCACUCUAGCUUGAUAAAGAUGGAUAUUGGAUCAGAUUCUUUUAUGAAUGUUGGACUAAUAGAUAUGUAUUCCAAGUGUAACUCAGUGGAUGAUGCAAGAUUGGUUUUUAAGUUAAUGCCAGAGAGAGACUUGAUUGCAUGGAAUGCUGCUAUCUCAGGACUUUCACAAAAUGAGGAAGAUGGAGAAGCUGCAUCUCUUUUUCUUUUGAUGCACAGGGAAGGAGUAGGUUUCAACCAGACAACUUUAUCAACAAUUCUUAAAUCCAUAGCUGCCUUGCAGGCUAACCAUAUUUGCAGGCAAAUUCAUGCACUUUCCUUGAAAUCAGGGUUUGAAUUUGACAAUUACGUUGUGAACAGCCUUAUUGAUGCAUAUGGAAAAUGUGGCCACGCAGAAGAUGCAACAAGAGUAUUCAAAGAAAGUCCAGAUGUAGAUUUGGUGUCUUACACAUCUCUUGUAACAGCUUAUGCUCAAGAUGGACAAGGCGAAGAAGCACUAAAGCUCUAUUUGGAAAUGCAAGAUAGGGGGAUCAAGCCUGAUUCGUUUGUUUGUAGUUCUCUCCUGAAUACAUGUGCAAGUUUAUCGGCAUAUGAACAAGGGAAACAAGUUCAUGUUCACAUCUUGAAGUUUGGAUUCAUGUCAGAUAUUUUUGCUGGAAAUUCUCUUGUUAAUAUGUAUGCUAAAUGUGGAAGCAUAGAGGAUGCAAAUCAUGCUUUUUCAGAAAUACCCGAGAGAGGGAUAGUCUCAUGGUCUGCUAUGAUUGGAGGACUUGCUCAACAUGGGUAUGGGAAAGAGGCCCUCCAGCUGUUCAAGCAGAUGCUUAAAGAUGGCGUUCCUCCUAAUCAUAUAACACUAGUUAGCGUACUUUGUGCAUGCAAUCAUGCAGGUUUGGUUGCCGAAGCCAAACUAUAUUUCAAUUCAAUGAAAAUUUUGUUUGGUAUGGAACCACUGCAAGAGCAUUAUGCCUGCAUGAUUGAUCUCCUUGGCCGAGCAGGGAAAUUAGAGGAGGCAAUGGAGCUUGUGAAUAAAAUGCCGUUUCAAGCUAAUGCCUCAGUGUGGGGUGCACUUCUUGGCGCUGCAAGAAUCCAUAAGAAUGUUGAUCUUGGAGAACAAGCUGCUGGGAUGCUUCUUGACUUGGAACCUGAGAAGUCAGGCACCCAUGUUCUUCUUGCAAACAUUUACGCAUCAGUCGGCAUGUGGGAUAAUGUAGCACAGGUAAGAAGACUUAUGAAAGAGAGCAAUGUGAAGAAGGAGCCUGGAAUGAGCUGGCUUGAGGUAAAAGACAAGGUAUACACCUUCACAGUAGGAGACAGAAGCCACUCCAGAAGUAAAGAAAUCUAUGCGAAGCUUGAUGAGCUGAGUGACCUAUUGAAUAAAGCUGGCUAUGUUCCUAUGGUAGAGAUUGACCUCCAUGAUGUAGAACCAAGUGAAAAGGAGCAGCUUCUAUACCACCACAGCGAGAAACUAGCAGUGGCUUUUGGUUUAAUUGCUACCCCGCCAGGGGCUCCAAUUAGAGUGAAAAAGAAUCUUCGAGUUUGUUUAGACUGCCAUACUGUGCUCAAGUUCAUUUCUAAAAUAGUCUCCAGGGAGAUAAUUGUCAGAGACACCAACAGAUUCCACCAUUUUAGAGAUGGUUUGUGUUCUUGCGGGGAUUAUUGGUGA